CCACCACCACCCCUCAAAGUACUCGAUGUAUAGUUAAAAAAUGGGAGGGCACACUUGAACCGAGCUGCUCUAUGAAGGUAGGCUGCAGCGUGUGUUUAUUGAUGAGAUGAAAAGAAGAUGGAAGUGAGAAAUGAAACAAAGUAAAGGAACAUAUUAAAAAAAACUAUACGCGCUUCGUCGGGGGAAAACAAGGGGAGCCGUGGAAACGCUGUCGCCACUUUUUGAACGUGCUUCGAAGUGCAGAGCAACACAUGAUUUGGACAGAGAGGACUGACAGCCUUGCCUAGCACCCGGCCUCUGAUCAGCCAUCUCCACCAGCAAACUGAAGCUUGACCCGCACUUCAUCACCAGCCACACAAGCAUCUUCGUAACAAAACGUCAUCUGACUGUGACAUCAGUUGCAAGGGGAUGACCGAGCGCAUUCAUAACAUCAAUCUUCACAACUUCAGCAAUUCUGUACUUGAGACCCUCAAUGAGCAGCGCAACCGUGGGCACUUCUGUGACGUGACUGUUCGGAUCCAUGGAAGUAUGCUGCGAGCUCACCGGUGCGUGCUGGCUGCUGGAAGCCCCUUCUUUCAGGACAAGCUGCUCUUGGGCUACAGCGACAUUGAGAUCCCUUCUGUGGUCUCAGUGCAAUCCAUCCAAAAGCUGAUUGACUUUAUGUACAGUGGGAUUCUGCGGGUAUCUCAAUCAGAGGCCCUGCAGAUCCUUACUGCUGCCAGCAUCCUACAGAUCAAGACCGUCAUUGAUGAGUGUACCCGCAUCGUGUCCCAGAAUGUGGGCUUGGCUGGGCCAGGGGGAUUCCCUGUUAUACCAGGAGAUUCUGGUCAGGAAACACCCCGUGGCACUCCUGAGUCUGGCACCUCUGGGCCCAGCAGCGACGCAGAGUCAGGUUAUAUGCAAGCAACAUCACAGCAAAGCAUGGAUCGUGCAUACACAUCACUGUACACCUACCCUGGCCUGAACGGCAACCGCGAGCGCCCCCUUUACAUUAACCCUCUGUCGGCAAAUUACGAUUCAACUCUCAGCACUCAGAAGGACCAGCAAUCUCAAGAUCCGCCCUGGAUAAACCGAAUCCAGGAGAGAUCUCAGCAGGUCGAUCGCUUCAUCUCCACAGCAGAGUCCACUCACUGCCGCAAGCAACCCCGACCGGUACGCAUACAAACAGGAGGGAUGCACAUAAAGCAGGAGGCUGAAGAUGAGUACAGCUGCUACGAUAAUUUAGGGGACUGCCAAGAUGACACUGACCAUACAGAGGGUGUAGAGAGUGAAUCCAAGGUUGAAAGUUUUGACUCAGGGGUGAGCUCCUCCAUCAGCACUGAGCCAGAUGCUAUGGAACAGCAGCCGUACCUGACGGGCUUUGGCCAAGACGGGAGCAGGGAAGGGCAGCAAGGUGAAGGAGCUCCAGUGCAGAUAGAGGUCAAUGACUCGUCCCCAGAGCAAGUGCAAGAGACAGAGGACGGGGACACAUCCCACAGCACUAGUGACAGUAGCAUGAUGCAGCCCCUGCCAAACUCAGUCAUGUCCCAGUCCCUGCCAAGUGCCCCGCACUACAUGCGCCAGGCAGAAUCACACACCAGCAAUCUGAGGAUGCCGCUCACCGUGACCAGCAAUUCCCAAGUGAUGGGCACUGCUGGAAGCACCUUCCUGCCCACACUCUUUCCUACACAGCCGGCUAGAGACAACAAGCCUUUCCUUUACCUUCCUGGCCAGCAGCAACCACAGUUUGUGGCAGUGCCGCCCCCUGCAAUGCCAUCAUUCCCGAACCCCAUGUCGGUACCACAAGCGCCAGCUCAGCAGCAACAGCCUGCAGGAGGAAUUGGUCAGGGGGAAAAGAAGCCCUAUGAAUGCACUCUCUGCAGUAAAACCUUUACUGCAAAACAGAACUACGUCAAACACAUGUUUGUCCAUACUGGUGAGAAGCCUCAUCAGUGCAGCAUCUGCUGGCGCUCGUUCUCCCUGAAGGAUUACUUAAUCAAACACAUGGUGACACACACAGGGGUGCGGGCCUACCAGUGCAGCAUCUGCAACAAGCGUUUCACCCAGAAGAGCUCUCUCAAUGUCCACAUGCGGCUGCACCGUGGAGAGAAGUCCUAUGAGUGCUACAUCUGCAAGAAGAAGUUCUCUCACAAGACCCUGCUGGAGAGGCACAUGGCCCUGCACAGCACAGGCAGCGCCAUCACAGGGCUGUCAGGGAGCGCAGGUACCCCGGGCCCCGUCUCCAUUCCCAUUCCUAUGGCUGUCCCUGAGCCUGGAGCUGGAGUGGUGGCCCUCGCCAUGCCAGUGAGUGGAGGUGCUGGAGUAGGGGCUGGGGUUGGAACAGGAGUGGGUGUAGCUGCAGAAGCGAGCUGCCAAGAAGGGACCACCUACGUGUGCUCCGUCUGCCCUGCCAAGUUCGACCAAAUGGAGCACUUCAAUGACCACAUGCGAAUGCAUGUCUCCGAUGGAUAAGUACAAAUAGAUAAACUUCUUUCAAAAAGAAUGACAAAUAAAAUGGCACUAGAUUUUCCUUUUCUUAUUUUGAGGUAUGAAGAGUAAUGAGUAUAGACACUGGCACAUUAAGUUUCCCAAAAAAAAAAAAAGAUUUUUUUUUCUGUUAUUCUAAAAGAAAAAAAAGAUGGUGGCCUUAAGGCUUAGUAGUUUGAUAUUGAUCUACUGGAUGGAUCCUAACUACAGGCCUCUAAAUGUAUGCUUUCCUAAAAUACUGAUUUAUGUGUUGAACACUACCGAAAGGCCUACGAAAGAAACACAUACACACAAACACACCUUUAGUGUAGAUAUGUCUGAAUGAAUAUACAUGUGCAUUUAUGUUUGGGCGUUUGGUCUGUGUAUUUGCAUGUGUCUGUCUGUCUGUCUGUCUGUGUGUGUAUGUGUGUGUGUGUGAGUCCGUGUGUGUGAGUGUGUGUCUGUGUGUGUGUGUGUGUGUGUGUGUGUGUGUGUGUGUGUGUGUGUGUGUGUGUGUGUGUGUGUGUACAUUGCCAUGAAACAAAUCAUGGCAGUUGUGAACCCAUACUGACCAGUUUGGAAACUAUAGAUGUCCAAGCUUACUGUGGUAUAAUUUACAACAACAAUAACAAAAGAAUCAUCUGGGGUUGGGCUACAUAUUCCCUCUAAGAAUACUGAUGGUCACAAGAUUGCCUUCUUAUGUAAAAUAAAAAAGGAGAGUAGUUAAUUUGACACUGGGUUUUAUUUAUUCCUAUGGUAUUAAGGGAUUAUAAUGCAGCUGUUGUCAAGGUACCAAUUUCAAUCAUUUUACUGAAAUGUAAUUUGCUGUCGAUGGUGACAGGGACAAAUAUUUCUCAUAUGUUUUGUAAUCGUUGUCCAUGCAUUUUGAUGGUUUACUAAAUUAAGGUGUGUUGAUGAGACAGUAUUUGAGCAAAAAUAUGUUUCUUUUUUUCUGAAGUUUGGAGUUUAACUCAUUUGCAUACACUGCCACUAAUAUCUUAAAAGACUGUUAAGGCUAGUAGACCUCUUCCAUUUCAAAACAUAAGAAAAAAAGAAAGAUUCUUUUGCUGAGGGUUUUUUUUUAGCCUUUUACAUUGACAGUUAUGGCAGGCUGGAAUAUGCGACUAAACUCUCUCCUUCGUAACUGCUGCUCCUCAACUUGCACCUGACUGUUAUGGGAUGUAGAUUUAAAAAAAGGAUUUGUCACUUAAACUAUUGUUAUUAUUAAGUAGCCUACAUGGUUUUAAUUUGAUAAUUGAAUUAUAAUACUGGGGGGUUUAGGCAAGUUGUUGAUUGGAAAAGUGUUAAAGAGGGGGAAUUUAAUUUGAAUCAAUCUGAAUUGGAAAUUAAUGCCUAGAACCCCUGUAUAACCUGUUCAUUGCUAUUGCAAAGCUAUUUCAGCAGGUGGAAGCUAAAUGCAUUACCCGUUAUGUGCCGGCUCUCCCCAAAGGCUCAAAUGGCAUUGCAACGUUUUGAAAGGAAAUACAGUAUCAAAACGAAACAAGUAGCUCCAUUGAUUGAUACGACACUGUUUCCUGAUAUACCACAAGUUGCAGACGGACUUUCUAGACAAUAGUAUACAUUCCUAAUUUUUCUAAAAAACCUAGACACAGCAUGUACAGAAUAGAUUUGGAAGCUAGUGUGCACAAGUUGUCAUCCAUGCAUCACAUCACUUAAGGCUCAUUUCUGAUAUUUGAAUUGUUUUGUAUUGCUUUUUAUCCAAAUUAGGACACACACACACACACACAUGCAACUGCCUGCAACUGCAAUCUGAAGGAUUUGCUCAUUUAUGUGAGCAAACACUUUCGUAGUUGUAUUGUUAAAAGAAUAACUAACUGCAUACAGCGGUCUUUAAAAGACCUGCUGUACAUUCAAAAAAACAAAGUGCUACUUUGCACAUUUUCUUAAAAUGCCUGUGCUUAAUAUUUAAUCAUUUUCCUUAAAUGAACUUCUAUGAUUUUCUUUUAUUCAAUUUCAAAGGAAAAAAACAUUUUUUUAAAUCUUGAUAAGUGGACUGCAUUAUUUUCUUGCAUAUAUGUUGCACUGCUUAAACCAAUAAGUGCACUACUGUUAACAGAGAUAUUAUAGUUUUAGAAAAGAGGAUUUUUUUUAAUCUAACAUUUGGUUGUAGAGUUCACAUGUAAUAGAAUAGCUUUGUUUCAAUUUAUUCAUUAAGUAAUUCAGCGGUUCUUGGCUUUUGUUAUUGCUUGCAGUUACCUACAGUAUAUACCCGUGCCGUGUUAAUGCAAGCAUUUAUUUUUAUUUAAAUCUGUACCAUUAUAUGUGCUCAUCUAUGUUUUAACCUUUGAAUUCAUUCUUUUAUGGAGUCAGUUCCCUAUAACAGUUCUUUCAGUUGCAUUUCUUUAGACGCAGAACAGAAUUUUCCUAUGAGAACAUCCAAGCCAAACAACUUUUAACAGUGAAACAACAGUAAUAAUAGACACAGCUCCCGUCCAACUCCGUUGGCGGAGGUAAUAAUAAUAACUAUUAUUAUAUUAUUAAUAAUAAUACAUUUAUAAUGUGUGUGUGUGUGUAACAUAAAUGAUAUGUGUGUCCUAGAACAACUUUCUGUGGGUUUAAAGGUGUGCGGAGGUGAUGGAAUGCAGCUUCUUUGAUAUCUGUCUGUCAGUUGUACACAGUUGUGUCUCUUCCUUAGUGUUUGUAUGUCUGUGAGUGUCUGUGUGUGGUAUAUAGCCUAAUCAAACUGUUGAUAAGUGGAAUAUCUGAACUGUAGGGCUUCCUUUGCAAUAUGCAGCACAGGUACUAUGAGAAGCAGCUCUCCAAACCUUUUGGGCUAAUACGGCACCUGUAACAUUUGUUGUGAGAUUUGACGAAAGCCUAGGUCAAGUACUGUUGACUUUCUUGUUUGGAGAAGUUAUGUCAAGCAUUUUGAUGCUAAAUUUCAGAUAAUUGCUACUAGAUUUCAGAUCCCUGUGGAGUCAGUUUGAAGUGAAGUUGAGUGAUGAACACGUGAGACCUGUAUUCUGGUUUCUCCUCAACUGAAGAAAAAAAAACCAACAAAAAAAAUAUUGACCACGCAUGAGAAACACACUGAAAAAGCACGAGGUUAGUCCUCAGUAAAAGUAGCACAUUAUUAAACAUUUGAUUGGGCCCAUCUCCUAUGGUGUGCAUAUAAGCCUAAAUUGUGUGGUUCCUGUUUGUAGCUGUUGUUGCCAGGAUGGCAAUAUUGCUGCAUGCUAGUGCUAUAUUUGUCUCCACACAGCACGUGGAGGGUAAUCUCAUGCCUUAACAGACAAUGCACUAAAUAGAAUAUGUAAGCAACUGCCGAGAUCUCUUUCCAACAGUAUUGCCACAUGUAUGGCACACAGCUCAUGAUGAUGGUGUUUGCUGUUUGUUCAGUACCAAGUUAAUCACUGCCAAACUAACAUCAUCACUUCCUUGAAAGCAAAGGCAGAGACAUUAAUUGAAUUGUUUCGGUGUAAUGUAUGUAUUCAGUAAUUAGCAUUCCUUCAUGGCACCUAAAUUUUACAUAUUUUGUGUAAACACAUAUAUCAAAUGCACUAUUGACUGUAGCUAGAUGAGUACAACCAGCUUUGUGGUAUCAUUGGUCUAAAUAGUAGGUUAAGUAGCUCGAUGUUGGUUUUUGAAAUAUUUGAUUUCAGAAUUACACUAUCAAUUGUUUCUCUAUCAUUUUCUUUUUUUUUUCUUUUUUUUUUUUUUGGAAUAACAAAAGUAGCCAAUCUCAACGUUAUCUGGAUGAGGGCUAAUAACUCGUCCCAUCGUCAGUUGACUUAUUGUAUCAUAAGGUGUUUAAUAGCAGACCAGGCUCGGAAGGGGAUGAACCUUCUCUCCAGUGUGUCAUAACGUGCUAUAGCAUACCCAGGCUUUUUCCCUCCCCUGUUGCAUUAGCAUCACAUGCGCUUCACUGUCCAUAGUUAUAUAUUCCUUAUACUGCUUCAGCUACUUGUGGUGGUGCUUAAUUCUCUUUUCUCAGUGUUGCAAAGAGUCGGUUAAAAAUUGUUGAAAAGUUGCAACAUUAUCCAGGAAUAAGUCCUUAUCUCAAUCGUGCUUCUUCUAGUUGUUAGUUUAAAAAAAAAAAAAAAAGUCUAGACUUUAUGUUUGCAAAGUGUACGCAUAUUUUCCAGAACAAAACAUAUUGAAACGUAGAAAAUAGCCUUGAGCCUGCAGCUGUUUGUAUUGUGUUUCAAAUAUAUUACUGUUCAUGUUUUGUUUAUCUUAGUGUAGAGACACAGGGUCUACAGUACAUUGUUGUCCUUCUUGCAGUAUGUUUAAUUCAUCGUUAUACUUCUUUAUUUCAGACUUCCUCCUGCUUUUUUCUGGUGAUCAUAGUGGUGUUGUUACAUAGCUUCACGCGACUGGAUAAAGGAUAGUCAGUUAUUGAGUCAUAUUUCACAGUGUACUAUAUAUAUAUAUAUAUAUACAUAUAUACUUUGCAUUGAGAUGAAAACAAGGAAAUGGAAGAUAGUAAUGGUGAGGGUCAUGUUGAGUAAGGAACAGGUUCAUUUUAUUCUGAUAAGCAUGUGUCUGUCUUCCUGUUUGUCUUUCAGUCUGUCUCCACACAUUUUAAGUCAGAUUUUGUUUUUGUUCAAGCAUGAAUAAAGUCACAAAGUUAAGAGUAGAAUACAGAAAACUCAUGAAACCAUUCAGAUAAUACUAAAACUGCAUUUUUGUCCUUCUACAGUACACAUAAGAGUGAAAUAGAUAGCUUCUUACAAAUAUACUAUAUAUAUUUAAGUAUCACCAUCUCCACACAGAUAAUAAAUACAUUUUCAGAUAGUUUGAUAAAGACAUAAUUGCAGCUAGAGUAUACAGUACUUUGUGGGAUAUAGGGAAUAUGCCUAUCAAGUGCCUAUCAGUACAUACAGCAACUAUACAGAAUAUUCAUAGUUUUUCUCUCCUACAUUGCACAGAUACAGUAUAUACACAAUGGUCUAUUAAAAAUAUACUAUUUAUACUAUUACUGCUAAAACCUGGUGGUUGUGUGCAUCCUAAGAGAACCCUUUAAAAUACCUGAAAUGUUCUAUACAUAUACAGUAAAGGCUUCAUCUGCAAGUUUUAUUUUUUAUCUCACAUUUAUACAGUUUGGAGGAUUCAAAGAUAUAAAAUGCAAUCACAUUUUCAUGAUUAAAUGAAUAUAAAUAAAUAAGAUAUACGUUUAGUAGGAUUAAGUGGUAAUUGAUCAUUAAAUACAAACUAAAUUGAAUGACCUUUUUUUUUUCUUUCACGUAGCUUUCUCUCGUUGAUAUUGUGGCAUUUUUAUUUUCACUUUUUGCCAUUUGCAAACAAGCCAUAUACCAUACUGUACUGUAUGUCAAGGGGGGAAAGGGCAGUGCCACUUUGUGAACAGCAGAGGGAGCCACACAUCAGAUGGAAGAGCUGAAGUUAACACUGCCUGCCACAAUAACCAAAAUACACAUUAAAUCCUUGGAUAUUUUUGAAUCUUGUUGUGGUAAAUAUUUCCAUCCUUCAGAUUAUAAUUAAAUCUAUAAACAUGGCAGUAGUUACCGCCUCUGACACUUAAAAAAAAAGGGUUUGCAGGAUGUAGGAAGUGGCAUUUGAUUUAAUAGUUGGUUUCAAAGUACACUGUGUGUCCUUUGACCUUGAUGACAGGCCCUUCCACAUGCAAACCCGUGCCCAGUUUCCCCACAAGGAUCAUUAAGGUUUUAUCUUAUCUGACAGCCUUGUUGUUUACGUACAUCUUGAAAUCGUAAAGGGCAAGCAACGAGAGACGAGAAAAAAGAAACUGGUCAUUAAACAUUAGACUAGAUUUUUAUAACCACUACUUGGAGGCAAAAUGAGAUUACAAAUUAAAAGUUUUGGCUACAGAUGAACACACGCAUACAGAACUCAAAGGUAUUUAAGUGGUUCAUUUAACAACAUGAAAACAAAACCAAAAAAAAAAGGAAAUAUGGUGGAAGAAAAACCAUAAAUCAAGUUUCAGGGCUGAGUGGCUGCUAGAUAAAAGAUUUUGGGAUGGCUUAUUAUUCUGUCCCCUGUGGACUAAUUACCACAGUUUUCUCUGUAACCUUCUCCAGCCUAGUUACGGUGCCAAAUUUAGAAAAAAAGACACUUUUUUUUUAAAUUGUACCACUAUUGUUAAAUGAGAUGUGAGAACCAAGCAGGAAUAGGAAAAUUAAAAAAAAAAAAACUAUAAGUAAGAAAUUUCUGUAAAAAUGAACAUAACUUAUAAGCAUCAUACUCAAAGAAAAUGAUUGCCUUUAUUUUGAAUCUUUAAAUCCUCCAUAAUACAUAGUGUUCAAGUAAAUAGGAGAAAACAGCUAUGAUUAACAAAUACACAUUUUGACGGCUUAGUUUCAUAGACAUUUAAUGUUAAAAUGAAGCAUUAAUAAUGUAGGCAAUGUGAUAUAGCUAGUCCCUGUCAUCCAACUGUCACACUGUGACACACACAAACAGCAUCUGUUCAGAUUUUACAGACAAACAUCCAGACACUGUUUCCAUUUUGAGCUUUACACACAUACAGUGAAGCAGCUGUUCAGAUUUUAAAGUACGACACAGCCAAACUAAGCUAUAACAACAUCUAGAUUAUAUUCACUAUGAUGCUUUCUCCAAACAUGCAGUUAUUACACUACCCUGAUGAGGUUUUCAGUAAAACAUCAUCAUCAGGUAACUACCAACUAUCAGUCCAAAUGAAGCAUGCAGUCCUGUCUACACAGCUUUUUCUGUAGGGGAGUACUUUGUUUUUGAUGGAGCACAAACAAUAUUUUGCGUGUCCCUCGAUAACAGUGGUCCGGAAUCUUUUUUUUUUUUUUCAAUCACAAUGAUGAGGAGACUUCAGUGUGAUUUAGCCUCUAAAGACUAAACAUUGAGCCUCUUUGUGUUCUCACUAGCUGUGGUCUUUUUGGCUUAGUCCAGCUCGAUGAGACAAUGAGUGUUAAAGUGUGCAGCAGCGUAACUAAAAACAUGCAUUCCUGUUCAAGUCCAGAACAUUCCAACUCCUAGUCUGGCAUUCAUUUUCCACACUUAACUAACCUAAUAUUGAAGAAGAUUUCCAGCGCUUAAUCGUUUUACAGAUCUGUUGGAUAUUUGAUCAUGUAAUAGCAAACAUUGCCCAUCACAUUAAAGUUUCACAAGAUUUAUAUUUCCCUCAAGUAGUUCCGUUUUUAUUCUUAUUUAUCUCAUCUCUAGUCAAAUUUUGCCAUGAGAUCACAAACCUCAUUAGCUCGGAGCCCAGCUCAUGCUUGUGUGGACUGGUUCUAAAGACAACAUGCACUAUGCUAUCACUCUGUUUCUCUCUUUUAUCGUGCAGAAACAUACAAUACAAAAACAGCAAAAAGAAAAGUCAAGGCUGUUCUUCAGCACGAUGUUGGUCACUGUCUCAGCCAACACGUAGUCUGCUGUAAUGGACAUGCAGACUUAGAAAAUUUAAACAUUUUAGCAGUGUAAUGUUUCUAAGGGGGCUAGUGGCGGUAAUUUGUAAAACAGGGGCCAUGCUUAUCAUUAGGAGUCGAAUGAAAAAAAAAAUGAAAAAAAAAACUGUACGAGACAAUGUUUGUUUUGACAAACCAAAGAAGGGUGAAGAUAAUUUAACUUUUAUGGAGAAACUAACAUUUCUUUUCUAUGUGUGUGGGGUUCCCAUGAUUGGGCAAGAUUGCCACAGUUAUUUUAUGGUUUUCUUUGUUUUUCUUCUCAUGGCAGGGUGCUUGUGAAAAUGCAUCUAUGUUUUGUCACUUGAUCAGUUGUUUAUAGUUUUGUGGUUGUGUUAAUUUGCCUAUUGUAGACCAAAAUAGAUUUUUUUUUUUUUUUAUAAGAAAUGCAACAAAACAUAAAAAUGAAUCUGACACAAUAGCUGUGAUGUAAACUAUCGCAUGUUAAAACAUGUAUAAGAUUGUAAAUGUUGCAUUGUUCCUCUGAAAAAACAUAAUAAUACUCAGUAAUCAUUGGUUAUGUCUUCUAUACACACACAUUUAGCAAAUGAGUGUAGACCUGUUCACCUUCACAUUGGAUUAUAUCUAAAUAGAGUGUAUGACCUUUUUUUGUUGUUGUUGUUAUACAGUUUUCUUCAAAUAUUGGCAGUGUCUAAUAUUUUAAGACUGUCCCUAAAAUACUAAUCUGACAUUGUGACUUAGUACAUUUAGCCAUUUAUACUUGAGAUGGACCAAGAUGUUAAGUUUGCACAUAUUUGUAGGUUGUUUAUUAAGCCAAAAACAAGGAAAGAGAAUAAUCAUACACAACUUCUCAGUCUCAACAAUUCAAGUCAAAUCUAGCUAAGGUGCUCACGAUCUCUGAGUCUUUCAUGUUCACUGAAAAAAAGCAUCACAGCCAGCCAUCACCACAUGAUCAAAAUAAAAAUCAAACCAAACUGUAACCUGUUUGAACAUUUGAACAUCAUAAUGUGGUCCAAAUAUUUAUGAAAGUGAUGAUUUAUUUUUGUAAGAACAACACAUCAUCUUUAAGCAGAAUCUAAACCAUUUGGCACAAAAAAAAAAAAGACAAUAUUUUAUUACUGUAAGGUCUAAUUCUAGGUGAAUCUGCUGUAUAUUUUUCAUCCUGUGUGUCCAAAAAUAGGAAAUUUGAUUACUGUAAUUCAGGUGAUGUUUUACACCUGGGAAGAAGACAGAAUUUCUCAAACAUUGGCAUUGCAAAUCAGAAAUGACAUGUGCCCUAAUAUAAAGCAGCUUAGGAUUUUUAUUUUCAUCCGGCUUUCAGGCUUUUUGCUGCCAUAUCUUGUAUGUAGAUGCUUUUGUAAACAUGCACUUGAGUUGAACUAUGAGAUGUGCUUAUAAAUAUGUGUAUAUUUUGUUAGGCUUUUUUUUGCCUACAUUAGCUUGAUAUUUUUAUUAUUACCCUAAAAAUACUUCUCCUAUAUAGUUAUGAACUUGGCAGAAGUGGAGCUGUUGUAGUAAAGGUAGUUAACAUCACAACUAAGCAACCCUGAAAUAUAUGCUGCAGUAAUGUGUUUUCAGUUUGUUUUUGAUAAUUUAUGCUCCAAGUUGGUUUGUAUUUUAUUAUUAUUAUUAUUAUUGUUGUUAUGAAACAAGCUUGUUUGAAAUGUAUUGACUGCUGUUUUGAAAUAGGGGAUAAAGUUUUUUUAAUGUAUGUGCAAGAACGUUUUUAUAAUAUGAUUUGUCAAACACUGGACUGGAGCGAGUUUUCCAACAUUUCCAAGUUGAGAGAUGUAUUUGACAGACAUAACUGCACAGACGACACCCGUUAGCACAGAUGUGAGCUGACAGACGAAGCACAUCCCCCCAGCUGUACAGGGGGAGGGUGACUAACAUGGCCACCACCCUCCCAUUCAAAACAGGAGUCAUUUAGAUGUAAGAAAUUAAGACAUUUCCUUUGUGCUGGUUAAUGGCAUUCAUUGGGUGAUGGGUUCCAUAUAAUAGAAAAUAUUUAUUAGGGUUCUCCUUCCAAAUUGUUGCAUGGCAUCGACUGAUGACAGAUUUUUUUUUUUUCUUUUCUUUUCUGAAGAAGAAAGAGUGCUCUCUUAAAUAUUCAGAAAAAAUUGUAAAGGGACACCACUUGACAGCUAUCUAGUUCUCAAAUUCACCUGGUAUGUUCUUGCUAUGGUAGAGCAGAUAUGACAGUUGAGUCUCAUUACACCAACCACCACUUCUCAAACCAGAAAAGAGAUUUGCACUAGACUUAUUUUGGUCUUCUUCUAUCAAAAGCAAUAUAAUUCACUCAACACAUUUUUGAACCAUAAUAUCUGACGGUUGUCUGCCCACAGUGGGAAUGCUGAGUAAAUGGUGAUAUUUGACAAGUAUUCAUCUGUUUUUGUAUUCAAAGGUACAGAAUUGGUCGCCUUUUUUAAUGCACACGACGUCCACAUAUUGUUGUCCGUUUUCUUUUUUUGUUUUUUUUUUGUUUUUUUUGUCACCCAGCAGUACCCUGAGUAUAAGUGUCCAGAUUUGAGGGGCAUUAAAACUGUUGUUUCCUCCUGUGAUUGUUUUGGACAAAUCAAGCAGCUCUUAUAGAUCUGAGGUUAGGAACGGGAUGUAUGAGGGAAGGAAUCAUUUCCCAUGAGUCAACUACUGUCGAUUGUCUUCAUCACACAGCCACCGACCACACAUUUAAAGAUAAACACAAAUACCAAAAGAUAAACCCAGCUGUCCACUGUCGUGCACACCUUUCCCUUAAAAACACUCGUCUUAUAUCUCUGCAUAUUUGGUCACGCUGAGUGCUUUUUAUCUGGGGUGUUAAAAGAAAAAUGCUUUAAAGUAAAACAAUAAUGAAAUACUUCUUUGAGGAAAAAAAAAAAUUCCAAAUGCACCUUUUUGUCAUUUGAACAAAACAUCAUUGGCAACGUAUGUAGAGAAUCUGUGUCCACCAAAGUGUACAUUCAUACUUCAUCCUUUUUCAACAAGGUCAUUCACAACAGCAUCGAUUAUUGACCUUAACGUUGUUAUUUUGUUGAUGGAUAAGUGUAAAUUUUUCAAUAAUUCACAAACAGCAAAACUUCACCAUUUUAUCUGGAUGUAGUAGCUUUCCUGUUUUCACCGCUUUGUGGUGUUGUUGAAAGAUGUUGCGGUUUGUCUAAAUAUGUUGCGUGUUAGAGGAAGCAUAAGUAUGUGCCUUCUUGUAAUCUCCUUGGUGAGCUUGUUAAUAUUGAGAAGCUGAAGCCAGCCAAUUGUGUUUGCACUAAAACCAAAUUGCUUUUGUGAUGUAGACUAUUUAAGCAAGCUUGUUGCGUCACUUUAACCGUACAGUAUGCAUGAGGGUGAAAUUGGUAAGUCUAGGGCUAGAGCUCUCAUCUGUUGACCUGUAAACCAGUGCAGCUUAGAGGAUCUUGUGAAUAUAUCUUGGCUUAGUUUCGCAUUCAGUUUUCUAUUCCAUCUCCUUACUCAUCAAGUUUGUCACGAUUUCAACAGUUAAAAAAAAUAAAAAUAAAAAUAGAAAAAAAAAAAAGCAAAUAACACAUACCAUAAAUACAAUACAGCUUUUACUUUCACAUGCCACAGUUAGAGAGUUACACAACUGCAGUAGAGAUAUCCAUUUCUCUGAAUCCAUGGGAAUGCAUGAGUAUACGAGGUCGCCUCAAGACUAUUGGUCAAAUUCAUUUAGGUUGUUUUUGAGAACUUGUAUUUAUUACAUAUUUUGUUGACAUCUGAGAAAGGCCUACAUGCUUUGAGUCUUACAAAUGCACCUUAUUCAUGUCAGUCCAUGUGGGAAAAAAAAAAAAAAAAAAAAAGGCUGGCAACGUAAUAUCUGAUUUAGCACCUUACUACACAGCAUGUUUUCACUUUAUGCCAGUUUAACUAUUCUUCCAUAUGUAUGAUUUCAAAAGUAAAUCUCAUAUUUUGUGAAAUUGUUUCAUGGGAUGUGCCAAAGUUUGGAGGCGAUCUCCCAAGUGUUUAUGCUUAUCAUUUUCUUUUCCUCCUCCUUCAGUUAUAGCAAUGGUAUGUUUCCUAUAACAGUGUGUGGAAUCAAUUUAUCUCAGCAAACAGUAUCAUUACUUGCCAUUUUACAAUAAGCCCUGUAUUUCACAUAUAUUUACCAGUGAUGUGUAUUUGUUAUUAUAAAGAAAAUAGCCGUAAAAGCUUCAUUAUGUUACAUAAUAUUGUGACUUUUUUCGAAAAACUGUGAAGACUUAUCUUGCAUAUACUUUAUACAGAAGUAUUAAGCCUUAAUACAAAAGACUAAAAAAAGUGUGGAAGAAUAAACUGAUUGUUGCUAAGUAAGGAUGAUUUUUGUAAAUGUUACCAGCACUUUUUUUGUAAUUUUCACUCUCUGAGGUAUUGUACAAGUUCAAGCUGUUUGUGAAGUUUGAUUAUGAAGGAAUAAAAACUAGUACUUUCCUGUACUUCACAGAAA